ACUGGGCUCACUGGGGCAGUGAACAUGGCCAAGGGCACCGUCCAGACGGGCGUGGACACCACCAAGACAGUCCUCACAGGCACCAAAGAUGCAGUGUCCGCUGGGCUCACUGGGGCAGUGAACAUGGCCAAGGGCACCGUCCAAACGGGCAUGGACACCACCAAGACUGUCCUGACAGGCACCAAAGAUGCAAUGUCCACUGGGCUCACUGGAGCAAUGGGCGUGGCCAAAGGAACCAUCCAGAUGAGUGUGGACACCACCAGGACUGUCCUCACAGGCACCAAAGAUGCAGUGUCCACUGGGCUCACUGGGUCAGUGAACAUGGCCAAGGGCACCAUCCAAACUGGCAUGGACACCACCAAGACCGUCCUAACAGGCACCAAAGAUGCAGUGUCCACUGGGCUCACUGGAGCAAUGGGCGUGGCCAAAGGAACCGUCCAGAUGGGCGUGGACACCACCAAGACCGUCCUGACAGGCACCAAAGAUGCAAUGUCCGCUGGGCUCACUGGAGCAAUGGGUGUGGCCAAAGGAACCGUCCAGACGGGCGUGGACACCACCAAGACCGUCCUGACAGGCACCAAAGAUGCAGUGUCCACUGGGCUCACUGGGGCAGUGAACAUGGCCAAGGGCACUGCCCAGACUGGCAUGGACACCACCAAGACUGUCCUGAUAGGCACCAAAGAUGCAGUGUCCACUGGGCUCACUGGAGCAAUGGGUGUGGCCAAGGGGGCCGUCCAGACGGGCGUGGACACCACCAAGACUGUCCUAACAGGCACCAAAGAUGCAAUGUCCGCUGGACUCACUGGGGCAGUGAACAUGGCCAAGGGCACUGUCCAAACUGGCAUGGAUACCACCAAGACCGUCCUCACAGGCACCAAAGAUGCAGUGUCCACUGGGCUCACUGGGGCAGUGAACAUGGCUAAGGGCACCGUCCAAACUGGCAUGGACACCACCAAGACCGUCCUGAUAGGCUCCAAAGAUGCAGUGUCUGCUGGCCUCACUGGAGCAAUGGGUGUGGCCAAGGGGGCCGUCCAGAUGGGCAUGGACACCACCAAGACUGUCCUAACAGGCACCAAAGAUGCAGUGUCCACUGGGCUCACUGGGGCAGUGAACAUGGCCAAGGGCACCGUCCAGACGGGCGUGGACACCACCAAGACCGUCCUCACAGGCACCAAAGAUGCAAUGUCCGCUGGACUCCAUGGGGCAAUGGGUGUGGCCAAAGGAACCGUCCAGAUGGGCGUGGACACCACCAAGACCGUCCUGACAGGCACCAAAGAUGCAGUGUCCACUGGGCUCACUGGGGCAAUGAACAUGGCCAAGGGCACCGUCCAAACUGGCAUGGACACCACCAAGACCGUCCUCACAGGGACCAAAGAUGCAAUGUCCACUGGACUCACUGGAGCAAUGGGUGUGGCCAAAGGAACCGUCCAGAUGGGCGUGGACACCACCAAGACCGUCCUGACAGGCACCAAAGAUGCAGUGUCCACUGGGCUCACUGGGGCAGUGAACAUGGCCAAGGGCACCGUCCAGAUGGGCGUGGACACCACCAAGACUGUCCUCACAGGCACCAAAGAUGCACUGUCCACUGGACUCCAUGGGGCAAUGGGUGUGGCCAAAGGAACCGUCCAGAUGGGCAUGGACACCACCAAGACCGUCCUCACAGGCACCAAAGAUGCAAUGUCCGCUGGACUCACUGGGGCAAUGGGCGUGGCCAAAGGAACCGUCCAGACCGGCGUCGACACCACCAAGACCGUCCUGACAGGCACCAAAGAUGCAGUGUCCACUGGGCUCACUGGAGCAAUGGGUAUGGCCAAAGGAACCGUCCAGAUGGGCGUGGACACCACCAAG